AUGGCCGGCGGCAAGGGAAAGUCUGGCGGAAAGACGUCCGGAGGCAAGGCUACGGCCGAAGUCCCCAAGAAGCAGCAGAGCCACUCCGCUCGCGCUGGUCUCCAGUUCCCCUGCGGUCGUGUCAAGCGUUUCCUCAAGGCCAACACCCAGAACAAGAUGCGCGUCGGUGCCAAGGCUGCCGUCUAUGUCACCGCCGUUCUCGAGUACCUUACUGCUGAAGUACUCGAGCUUGCAGGCAACGCUGCCAAGGACCUCAAGGUCAAGCGUAUCACUCCCCGCCAUCUCCAGCUUGCCAUUCGUGGUGACGAGGAACUUGACACCCUGAUUCGUGCCACCAUCGCCUUUGGUGGUGUUCUGCCACACAUCAACCGCGCGCUCCUCCUCAAGGUCGAGCAGAAGAAGAAGGCCAAGGCGCUCGAGGCAUAA